UCCUCAUUUCGAACAAAUUCAACACCUCAAACCCUCAACGGUCACGAUGCGUCCAUUCUGCCUCCUCGCAAUCCUCGCCGUCCUCCUCCCUCUGGCCGCCGCCGUUCCCGGCGGAUGGAGCCCGAUCAAGGACAUCAACGACCCCCACGUGAAGGAGAUUGCCGAGUUCGCGGUGUCGGAGUACAACAAGGAAUCCGGGAAGAAGCUCGAGUUGCAGCGCGUGGUGAAGGGCGAGACUCAGGUCGUCGCCGGCCAGAACUUCCGGCUCCUCCUCGCCGUCAAGGAUGACACAACGGCGGCCAAGUACGUGGGCGUCGUGUAUGAGCGUGUUUGGGAGCAUACCAGAAAAUUGCUCUCAUUUGAUCAAGUCAAGAAAUAAUAUCAAUGUAUGUAUGUUGAUCUAAUCCAGUUGGUGAUUAAUUCAUGUUUAUUUCUAGUUCACUGUGUUUAUUAUUUUUUUCGUUAAUUUUAAUAAUGAAAAUAUAGAGAUUAUUUAAAUGUUUGAGAUUCAGAU